UCUGAACAGCAUCAUUCUCGCGACGAGAAGAGCUACAGCUAGUGUCAUUCUUCACAUUUCAAAUGAAUUAUCAUCGCAUUCCUAUGUCUGCCAGCUGACAAUCUGUGAAGUAUCUUCUACGCUUGGAAACGGGAUUCGCUUGAUUUGUCAACUGGGUGUGUUUCAGUUUCUGUGAUUAGUUGGACUUGCUGUUGUGCGGUGAUCCUGGACCAUGGCACAGACCAACAAUCUGCAGAACACCAAUGGGGAGGCUGAUGACUCACCCAACAUGCUAGUCUACAGGAAGAUGGAGGAUGUGAUAGCCCGCAUGCAGGAGGAGAAGAGUGGAAUACCCAUACGCACAGUGAAGAGCUUUCUAACCAAGAUCCCCAGUGUCUUCUCCGGUUCUGAUAUUGUCCAGUGGAUGCUGAAGAACCUGAGCAUCGAAGAUCAAGUCGAAGCGCUGCAUCUGGGCACUCUGAUGGCCGCACACGGAUACUUCUUCCCCAUCUCAGAUCACGUGCUCACGCUCAAAGACGACAACACCUUCUACAGAUUUCAGACACCAUACUUCUGGCCUUCAAAUUGCUGGGAACCAGAGAACACUGACUAUGCUGUUUACCUGUGCAAGAGAACAAUGCAAAAUAAAGCACGUCUGGAGCUGGCUGAUUAUGAGGCUGAAAGCUUAGCCAGGUUACAGCGAGCCUUUGCCAGGAAAUGGGAGUUUAUUUUUAUGCAAGCCGAAGCACAAGCAAAAGUGGAUAAAAAGCGAGACAAAAUUGAGAGGAAAAUUCUUGACAGUCAAGAAAGGGCCUUCUGGGAUGUGCACAGACCAGUGCCAGGGUGUGUGAAUACGACAGAGGUGGACAUAAAGAAAUCCUCCAGAAUGAAGAAUCCCCACAAAACAAGAAAGUCUGUAUACGGUCUUCAGAAUGACAUCCGCAGCCACAGCCCCACUCACACACCUGCUCCAGAGGCCAAGCAGCCUACCGUGGAGGAGCUGCAGGAACAGAUCAAAUUUUGGCAAGCGCAAUUAGACCGGCAUCGAUUGAAGAUGUCCAAAGUGGCAGAGAGUUUACUGGGUUACACAGAGCAGUACGUGGAGUACGACCCCUUCCUCACCACUCCCGACCCCUCAAAUCCCUGGAUCUCAGAUGAUGCAACAUUCUGGGAGCUGGAGGCCAGUAAGGAGCCUACCCAGCAGCGAGUGCGGCGCUGGGGCUUUGGUAUCGAUGAAGUCCUAAAGGACCCAGCUGGACGAGAGCAGUUCCUGAAGUUCCUGGAAUCUGAGUUCAGCUCAGAAAACCUGAGGUUCUGGUUGGCGGUGCAGGAGUUGAAGAGGAGGCCCAUCCGGGAGGUGCCCACGCGGGUACAGGAGAUCUGGCAGGAGUUCCUGGCGUCCGGGGCGGCCAGCGCCAUCAACGUGGACUCCAAGAGCUACGCCAAGACCACUCAGAAUGUCAAAGACCCUGGCCGCUACGCCUUUGAGGACGCACAGGAGCACAUAUAUAAGCUGAUGAAAAGUGACUCCUACAGCCGCUUCAUCCGAUCCAGUGCCUACCAGGAGCUUCUGCAGGCCAAGAAAAAGAAAAGUAAGAACUUGUUUUGAGGGAUAUUUGCUUCCAGGGGAAAUCUCUCACCUCCAAAAGGUGAGCUGCUCUUGUGUCGUCAAGCUGAAAACCCAGAGACUCUGAAGCCACUGGACAAGGACAGUCUUUUUUCUCCAUCUCAUCCGGUUGGUCCAUACCUACAGACAAUAUGGACUCCGAACCAGAUGUUGCAUGUCCAAGGGACUGAUUUUCUACAUCCCUUAUUCUGGUUUUGUUUCAGUAAAUCUGAAGACAACAUUUUUUGUGUUUGUUUGGACUUCCGGAGACAUUUUGAAACUUGGAUAUAAUGCCUUUUGAAGCUGUCUGAUGCUCAAUCCCUUCCAUGUAUAUCAGAGGGAUUUGACAUCAGCUUUGUCCAUUCUUAACUUAAAAUAGAGAUGAAAAAAAGGCAAAAAAACAUCAUAGUCAAGAGAAUCUGCAUAGAUUAAUUCUUGUGAGAAUCACAAAUAUUGAUUAACGAAAUAGUCACACUAGAGGAGGUGUUAACGAGGCACGCAUAAGAUGACACCUGUUUUCAUCUGCAUUUCGUUUGUUGCACUAAGGAAAAUGAGAGAAAAAAAAUCACACAACUUAGCACAGUUUACCAUCGCACUUGUGAAGUCACAUUGAAAAUGUUAUGGAAAUGAUGCCACCAACAACAGGCUGUGUCUUGUCUUAUGUAGUCGUUAAUUCUUUGUUACUCUCUUCUUCAUUUAUUUUUAUACCAUAUUUAAAGACACUUUUAAUUAAAAUGUAUUAAAG